AUGGGCACUUCACUGGCGAAAUCGGAGUACACCGUGAUUGACUUGGGACAUGAAGAUGGGGCGCCGAGGCUGGUGACUUGUGUCAAGUCGAGUCAAGGGUUUGAUUGGAAUCAAGAACUGUUCCUCCCGAGCUAUGCAGACUACGACUCCAACGAUCUCGAACAUCGCCCAGACCCGAUUGAGGAGAUUGUGUUGACGGACGAGGAGGCGGCUGCUAUGAUGCCGCGGUGA